GCGAAUGCUCUUGGCAUCAAUGUCAUUCAAAAUACUUCUUUAACCUUAAAUAUAAUCAAUUUAGAUAUUGAAAUAAUUUACUUCUCUUUCAUAACAUUUGUAAAUUGAUUAUAAUUAACCAUCAACAAAAAUGAUUUUAGAACUAGUGUAUUUUUGGUGUUAAGUUAUUUUGAAUACACGUGUUUGUGCUAAAAAAAACAUGGAGCCAGUGAUACCGUGUGUACCAUGUCCUGUUACUUGCUAUCCUUUGAGACUUCAUCCUGGACAGGAAAUUAAAGAAUCACUUAUCAGCUUUGUGAAUAAGAAUAAAUUGAAUGCAGCAUUUAUAAUGACUUGUGUGGGCAGUGUGACACAUGCAUCUCUACGGAUGUCAGACAGUAAGACGGUAAAGGAAUAUGAAGGUAGUUUUGAAAUCGUUUCUUUUGUUGGAACGCUUUCUGCAGGCGGCCAUCUACACGCCAGCCUAAGUGACAAGGACGGCAACGUAUUCGGUGGCCAUGUGAUGGGUAAUAUGAUUGUGUAUACUACUGCAGAGAUUAUGGUUGGUGAGUGUUCUGGAGCUUUGUUUAGCAGAGAACAUGAUACAACAACAGGUUUUAAAGAACUUCUCAUAGAAAAACCUGCACAAGAGGGUUAGUGUUGAUGCAAUAAUCAAUUCGAAACUUUGCACUUGUCGCAAACAAAACAAAAGUAAACCAAAUGUCGUAAACGAGCCGGUAUUUAUACAUGACGAUUAUGCUUCAUAUAACAAUUUCUUUUUAAAUUACCAUGUUUAAAAGGCAUGAUAUGAACACACAUUUUACUCUCUUGAAUUCGAAAAUAUU